AUGUUUGAUAUCGACGAUUCGGCCUUGGACAAGGAAAAGUGCUAUACGACAAUCGGAGAGCUCCCAGACUACCUUGAUCCGAAGCAGCCACCGACGAGAAAAUCUCCCUUCUCAACCGUCUCAAGACACUGUUUUGUCCAUUCGACAGAGCUUAUCCUCCCGGAAGAAAUCUAUCAAGCUGCUUGGGAUUCAAUUGCAAACAAAAUUAGCAUCUGCCAGUAUGCAAAAGUCUUCAUGUCCCUCUCAGAUAUUCUUGAUGGAGAAUUCUUUAACAAGUAUAUAAAAAUUGGUACGCAGAUAUGCUACAGCAAUAUUUUGAUGAUCUCAGAGGGACAAAGCGGCGUAGACAAUGUGUAUUCUCUCAGAGAUGAUAAGAGUUCAUACGAACGAGCGGGCCUUGUCGGAAAAUCCGUUCGUAGUGGAGGCAAAAAGCAUGUAGCAUCAAGAUAUGUUGUGGAAAUCAAUCUCCGCCUGCCUUCUAUGCUCCACGGCAAAAAGGGAUUCGAGCGCAUUGUAUGGGCUUUCAAAAAUGUUCUUAACGAGUCCCUUACAUGGCUGUUCAGCGAUUUAUCCCCGUCCUCAGAUCUAUCAGGUCAAGAUGCUCCCAUCAAAAGGCAUUCACCACAAAUCUUCUCGUGCACCUCAACAAAGUCACCUUUCCAAAAUGUCCUAACUCCACCACUUACACCAUCCACUUUUCAGGCAGAAAGUGAGCAAGCAAUAUCAGAACUCUCGGAUACCUGCGUUGAAAUUCAGGAAUGGCUUGCGCUGGCCUUCCUAGGAACUCCACGCCUCAACGCGGAUGACUCGAUAGAUCCAUAUCUUAGUCGAUACUCGGUGCCCAAUAAAGAGAACUGUACUUCCUCGAACCUCGUGAAACUCACCUGGAAAGGAUUGCUUCCAAGUCAUUGGAUCGCACAGUUACUCAUCGCCACGCUGUAA